AUGAAGCUUCAGGUGCGAGUCUUAGAAGCGAGGAAUCUUCCGGCAAUGGAUCUCAACGGCUACAGCGACCCUUACGUGAGAUUGCAGCUCGGGAAACAGAGGUCACGCACCAAAGUAGUGAAGAAGAACUUGAACCCCAAAUGGGCCGACGAUUUCAGCUUCGGCGUCGACGAUUUGAACGAAGAACUCGUCGUCUCUGUCCUCGACGAGGAUAAGUACUUCAAUGACGACUUCGUCGGGCAGGUUAAAGUCCCCGUCUCUCUCGUUUUCGAUGCUGAGAAUCAAUCUCUCGGCAGUGUUUGGUAUCCUCUUCUCCCAAAGAAGAAAAGUUCCAAAAAGGAUUGUGGUGAAAUACUUUUGAGCAUAUGUUUCAGUCAGAAGAAUUCGCUUCUUGAUUUGAAGUCUAGUGAGGAUCAUAAUGCCUCUGCUUCGAGGAGUCUCGAGUUUGGACUUGAAUCUCCUCCUGAUCCCUCCACUUGUGCUUCUCCUUCAAGAUCAGAAGAUGCUUCUUCUCAGAUGACAUUCGCUGGUCGAAUCGCUCAGAUUUUUCAGAAGAAUGCUGAUGUUGCAACACCCACACCGUCCAUUAGCAAGAGCAUCGACGCCUCUGACCCAUCUGAGAUCACUAAACCAAUAUUUUCUCUUGAGCUCUCUGAAGAUGAGUCAACUCCUGCUUCCUUUGAGGAAGUGAUGAAGGCGAUGGAGGCCAAAGAUCAAGGAAACGAACCUCCUUGUAACCUACCAGGUGGGGUCCUUGUUGACCAGUUGUUUAUGAUUUCACCACCAGAGCUUAACACUCUGCUCUUCGCAUCCGAUUCAAGCUUCUAUACGUCGUUAUCCGAGUUGCAAGGGACCACGGAAGUUCAGAUAGGACAAUGGAAGCUUGAGAAUGAAGGAGAGAGCGUUAAGCGUGUUGUGAGUUACCUCAAGGCUCCAACUAAACUUAUUAAGGCGGUUAAAGGCACAGAGGAGCAGUCAUAUCUCAAAGCUGAUGGAGAGGUUUACGCUGUUUUUGCUUGUGUGAGCACUCCUGAUGUUCCCUUUGGAGGCACCUUCAAGGUUGAGAUGCUUUACUGUGUCUCUCCUGGGCCUGAGCUGCCUUCAGGGGAGAAGUGUUCCCGUUUGGUCAUUUCUUGGAGGUUGAAUUUUCUUCAGAGCACCAUGAUGAAAGGUAUGAUAGAGAAUGGAGCCAGGCAGGGUUUAAAAGACAGCUUCGAGCAGUAUGCCAACUUGUUAGCCCAAAAUGUAAACCCUGUGGAUUCCAAGGACAUUGGGCUGAACAAGGAGCAAGUUCUCUCUUCCUUGCAAGCUGAGCCCCAGUCAGACUGGAAGUUGGCAGUGCAAUAUUUCGCCAACUUCACUGUCUUCUCCACUUUCUUGAUUGGUGUUUAUGUGUUUGUCCAUAUGGUGUUUGCCAUACCUGGUGCAAUCCAAGGGCUUGAGUUUAAUGGCCUUGAUUUGCCGGAUUCGGUUGGGGAGUUUGUUGUUAGUGGGGUUCUCGUUCUUCAGUGCGAAAGAGUCUUGAAAUUGAUUUCCCGUUUCAUGCAGGCAAGAAAACAGAAAGGCAGUGAUCAUGGCAUCAAAGCUCAUGGAGAUGGUUGGUUGCUUACUGUUGCUCUAAUUGAGGGGGUCGAUCUAGCAGCUGUAGAUGCAAGCGGGCAUUGUGAUCCGUAUAUCGUAUUUAGUUCCAAUGGGAAGACGAGAACCAGCUCCAUCAAGUUCCAGAAAUCUAAUCCUCAGUGGAAUGAAAUAUUUGAGUUCGAUGCCAUGGCUGAUCCUCCUUCUGUACUGAAUGUUGAAGUUUUUGAUUUCGAUGGACCUUUUGACGAGGCUGUUUCAUUGGGACAGGCGGAGAUCAACUUUGUGAGAUCUAAUAUAUCUGAUCUAGCGGAUGUUUGGAUUCCUCUGCAAGGGAAACUGGCUCAGGCUUGUCAAUCGAAGCUGCACUUGAGGAUUUUCUUGGAUCAUACAGGAAGUGGAGAUGUUGUUAGAGACUAUUUAAAUAAAAUGGAGAAAGAGGUGGGCAAGAAGAUGAAUGUCCGGUCUCCUCAAACAAAUUCAGCCUUUCAGAAGCUCUUUGGUCUUCCACGAGAGGAAUUUCUGAUCAAUGACUUUACAUGUCACUUGAAGCGAAAAAUGCCUUUGCAGGGUCGUCUUUUCCUGUCUGCAAGAAUUGUUGGCUUUUAUGCAAGCCUUUUUGGGAACAAAACAAAAUUCUUUUUUCUGUGGGAAGAUAUAGAGGAUAUUCAAGUGCUUCCUCCGACUCUUGCUUCGAUGGGGAGUCCCAUUAUCGUCAUGACUCUCAGGCCAGGUAGAGGAAUGGAUGCGAGGAUAGGUGCAAAAACACAUGAUGAGGAAGGGAGGCUUAAGUUCCAUUUCCACUCAUUUGUGUCUUUCAAUGUGGCACAAAAGACAAUAAUGGCCCUGUGGAAAGCAAAAUCAUUGACCCCAGAGCAGAAAGUGCAAGCUGUUGAAGAGGAAUCAGAGCAGAAACUCCAAAGUGAAGAGAGUGGUUUGUUCUUGGGUGUUGAUGAUGUCCGAUUCGCUGAGGUCUACUCUUUGACUCUCCCUGUUCCGGUAAGUUUCUUCAUGGAGUUGUUUGGUGGGGGUGAAUUGGAUCGUAAGGCUAUGGAGAGAGCAGGUUGCCAAAGCUAUUCAUGCAGCCCAUGGGAGUCGGAGAAGGAUGAUGUGUAUGAGAGGCAGACAUACUACAGAGAUAAGCGUAUUUCACGUUAUAGAGGAGAAGUAACAAGUACACAGCAAAAGUCCCUUGUACCAGAUAAGAACGGUUGGCUUGUGGAAGAGGUCAUGACUCUCCAUGGAGUCCCACUGGGUGACUAUUUCAAUCUCCAUCUCAGAUACCAGAUGGAAGAAUUGGCGUCAAAACCAAAGACGACAUAUGUGAGAGUAUACUUUGGGAUUGAGUGGCUAAAGAGCAGUAGACAUCAGAAAAGAGUGACAAAGAACAUCCUCGUAAAUCUGCAAGAUCGGCUGAAGAUGAUAUUUGGAUUCCUGGAAAAAGAAUAUGGCAGCAAGCAAGUGACAUGA